GGAGCGAGAGCGAAAGUACUCUUUGCGAGUAUCACAGGAAAAGAGAGAGGGGAAUAAAAAGGGAGAAAGAGAGAGAGGGGGAGGGAGAGAGAAAGCAAGAGGUUGGUGGUGGACGAUGAUCCAAAGAAUGGAAGAGCAUGCGCGCGUGGGAGUAGUACCUUAUUCGUCGUAGAGCUCCCGCCAAGGCUUUCUGUUAACUACGAACUGCCGAUGGAAAAGGUUCCUUGCUAUGUGUCAAAAUUUUUCACGUGAACCGAUGAUUCCAUCAUUUUCUUACGGAAGUUAAUUAAGUACGUGAAGAUUUCUUCGAAUUUUCAAUAAUCUUUAUCAAUCUUCUAAUCAAUAAUCUUUGUUAUUUCCACUUUAUCUCUUUACGAAUAUUAUAAUAAUUCAUAUUAUACAAAGAUAAUUUCUUUGAAGACUCGUUAUGAUAUAAUGUGUUAUUUGUGAUGUGAAAGAAGAUUCGAAAGAUGGAUCGCGUGCUUCUUGAUCCUUAAAAGUGAGAGGGAUCAAAGAGGAUAUGACGAAGACGUGAUAAAUGAAAAAAAUCAAAGAAGAAAAAUAAAUGGUGGAGAGGUUGAGAUCGAUAUAAUCAUCAUUGGAAGUGACUAAGAUCGUGAAUGAAUAUCGUAACCACGUGGUUAAGUGAGAAAGUGGCACGUGGGAAAAUUUCGUUGAAAUACGCGCGUUUCUCUCUCUCUCUCUCUCCUCUCUCUCUUUCUCUCUCUCUCUCUUUCUUCCUCUCUCUCUUUCUCGCGUUCAAAAAUGUUGUUGGAAUUUCGUUUUGCUAUUUCUCGUUCGGUUCAUCUACACGACGUGAAGAUUGCAGAUUAUGAAAGAAGAUAAGGCUCCAGUAAUUAGUGAAUGUUCGAUUAUCGCAUGCGAAUAAUUAAAAAAAAAAAAAAAAGGAAUUAUUCUGUAAAAAAAGAAAUUUGAAUUACGGAGCGUAUGAUGAUUCGAGUGGACAAUAACGUGAAAAAGAAGUUGAAGUAAGUUGAGAAGACGAGUAUUCCGAUAAUUGGAUCAGACGAACGAAUAAGUAGAACGAUACUUGGACAGAAACGGCGAGCUAUGUAGAGAGAAUCAACGAAGGAAAUUCCAUAAGUAUUCGCAAACAUACUUCAAGCCGAAAAUCUACAGGGAAAUAUUCGUUCGUAUCAUGGUUUAACAGUGGUGAACACAUUUCGAAAGAGAAACCGAGAGAAGUUUGAUAAGUAGCGUUAGAGUUUCUGAUAGUGGGAAUAAUUAAUUCGUGCUAAUUAACGCCCCAAGGACAAAGAGAGGAAACGGGAGAACAACCGAAAGAAACAAAAGAGAGAGAGAGAGAGAGAGAGAGAGAGAGAACAAGCGAUAAAAAAGAGUUCAGUUUCAAUUUUAGCAACUAUUUUAUCAACGAGAAAAGAAAAAUUUUUCAGUUUGCAUUAAAAACAGAAAGAAGAAAUAGACGAAAAAGAAAAGGACGUUUCACGAUCGUUAUAGGAUAAAAAUACACGAGAGUUUGUAUGGGCGUAUUUAUAGGAGGGAGAGCUGUGAUGAAAAAUUAAGUAGUUUCAAUUAACAGUGAAGAUUAGAAAUUACGUCGAGAUAUCGUAAAGAUAUCUUUUUCUUUCAGGGAAGAAAGUAAAAAUAAAAAAAGGUAAAGAGGGAGAAAAGUGGCCGUAAUAGAAAAGUUAAAAUUGCAAAUCCUAGGAGUUUCAUCGUCCUAGGUAAAAUUACAGUAGAGGGGAAACCUUAAUAAAGAAUCCAAUAAGUUCAAUUACUACUUGGAUUAUAAAUUACGAGAAAAGAGGAGAACGGUGUUCCGAGGUCAGCUCUUUUCUCUUUUCUUUUCUUUUCUUUUUUUUUUUUUUGUUUUUUCUUUUUCUUCUCUUUGAAAGACAAUCGGUCCGCGCGAAAGCGUCGUAGAUUUUUCUCCGGACAAAUGUCAAGUGAACGAUGAACCACUCGAGGGUGCAGGUGCGCAAGUGGGCCGCCACUUCGGUAGGUGAAUCGUGCUCCAGGUGCGGAAAGUGUCUGACUAAAAUGCAGCUGAUACUACUGGCGGUGCUACUCUACUCCUCACCGACGACAGGACAGGAUCCAAAAAUAGUGAGAUUGGACGUGCCAACGAUUGCGGAUCCAAGAUGGGAAGAAGUCACCUUGCAGUGCGAGUACGAUCUAGGUGGUAAAGAUCUUUAUUCGGUGAAAUGGUUCAAGGAUGAAGUCGAAUUCUUCAGAUUUAUGCCAAGCUCUACUCCAGUUAGCGAAUAUUUUCCCAUCGAAGGCAUAGUCGUGGAUAUUGCUCAAAGUAAUGGACGACAAGUUAAGUUACUGGGACAAUCGAACAAUCGCGGAGAAAGAAUAAAUCUUGCCGGAUCUUAUGGAUGCGAGGUGUCUUCGGAGGCUCCGAGUUUUCGUAUGACAUAUGCCGAGGCAAAUAUGAGCGUCGCAGUGCUACCGACAAAACCGCCUGUUCUUGACGGAUUUCGACCUUAUUACGAGAUCGGUGAGGUUCUUGAAGUAGCGUGCACAUCUGCAUUGAGUUACCCAUCAGCAGUGCUAACCUUUAUUCUCAAUGGCAAGGAGGUAGACAGAGCGAAAACGACGUAUUUACCAAUUACUGGAUACAACGAAGAGAUCCUGAUAUCAGUCUCACGAUUGAGUUUCUCUAUGCGUUUGGAACGGCAACACUUUCCUGGAGGAACUCUUCACUUGGUCUGUCAAUCUUCCUUACCAGACAUACCGAACGUACGAGCCUUCAAGACAGAAAAAACUGCUACGUUAGCGGCGAGUAAUCAAAGACUCGCUCAAGAAGCUCCGAAGUCGGCUUCGAGUACAAUUCUCGUCCCUUCGUUCACAAUGCUAUUGUGCUUCCUCCGAAUUAGUUGGAAUUAGCUUGAUUGGUCGAUCGAUCGAUUGUACUUGGUACUUUGAGUUUUAAGAUUGAAAGAUCUAUCGAAACAUUUCCUGAUCGAUCAUUCUUGAUCGAUCUAUGUCUCUACCGUGAUAACUUCUCUCGUUUGUGUCUAAUAUCGUGCUAAUCAAAAUCGAAUUCACGAUGCUUCUUGUUCUUAGUAAUCGUCGCGAAUAUAAUAAUAUUCUCUAUUAAAAAUUAGUGAACCAAAUGAAAAUGUGUUUUAUUUUUAAGGUCGUACGUUUUAUUGAUUCUUUAUACAAAAAUAUGCUAUCGGGGAAAUAAUAAUAAUAAUAAUAAUAAUAAUAAUGAUAAUAAUAAUUAUAAAAACAAAAAACAAGAAAUCCAAUUACGGAGAAACGUCAAAAUUAUUCGAACCGUUGAAAAUAACUUACGAAAUAAUCAUUAUUUUGUAAUAUUUAUUUAUUCGUUCUGAUAUAAUCUGAGGCUAAUUAUUUGUAUACACGAAUACACAAUACGGCGAUAAUUCGUUAAUCACGGACCAAGCAAUACGAGAUUCAGGAAUAUUCAUUCAAUGUGCCAAAGGCAUAAAUUAAAUCAAAUUUUUGAUGUUUCUCUAUACUACCUUGUGCCGUGAAAGCAAAUCGUAAUAAAUGCUAUUCUAAUUUGACUGCCAAUACUUUUUCAUUAUUGCGUAUUCGACCUUAGCUAGAUAAAUGAUAUGUUUAUAUCGGAAUUUUUCAAGGUUAUAUCGCAUCGCACAUACAUACCUACAUAUACGUUCAUAUUACAUAUAUUAUAUAAUACAUAUAAAUAUAUAUAUAUGAAAACACACACACACAUACACACAUAAACAUCGCAUACACAUUACGCGCAUGUAUGAAUAAAAUGGCGAAAAGAAAUAAAUUAAGCCGAGAAUUAAAAGAACGAAAAAUGUUGUAAAUAGUGUACGAUUGUGCGUAUAGAUUUUGUCGAUAAUCGCGUUGAAACGAAAGUCGGAAAAAAGGAAUUAGAGGAACAAUGAAAGUAAUUAAAAGCAAAAUUUAAAAAGCAAAAAUAGAAAAAGAAACGAAAAAAGAACAAAAAAAAAAUAUGUUUACAGAUAAUUAAGCGUAUAUUAUAUGAAAAAAAGAGGACGAAAAGGGGACGAAAUCUCCUUUUGUUUUCGUCGAAGAUUUCACACAUACGAAUAUAUAUAUAUAUAUAUAUAUAUAUAUAUAUAUAUAUAUACACGUAUAAUGUUUAUGUCGUAUUCACACUUAUUUUACAAGAUACAAAAACCUGUCAACUUACCAUCGAUUGAAAUGUCUGCUACCAAUAAAGACGAUAAUAUCUCAUUAUUAAAAAAAAAAAAUAAAAUAAAUAAAUAAAUGAAUAAAAAAAAAGAAAAAAAAACCGAAAAAAUCAAUAAAAACAAAGAGAAAAGUAAAGAAGGAAUCAAUGAAAAAGACCUCCGUCAAUGCCUCUUUGCAAUGAAGCCUCCCUUUCCAAGUGCUUUUUUCCCCCGAACUUAAUUAACUCAUCUCCUCUCCCAUCCACCCUAUUUCUCCCAAGUAAUUAGCUCUAUAGAUUAGCGUUUGAUUUAUUUGUGAAGAAAGGAAGACGAAGCGCGUCAAUGAUUGGAGAAGUUCUAACCGCAAAGAUCAGGUAGUUCGCGCACGCAACGAGGAGAUAAGAAUGUGGAAUAUUAGCAGUGAUAAGGAUGAUAAAGAAAAGAGAUAAAUAAAAAACUUAAGGAUGAGAGAGAGAGAGAGAGAGAGCAAAAAAGGAAAGAAACAAUAAAGUCGAAAGGAUUAUAUGAGGCCAAAGGGAAACUGCUCGUGGCCAUUGCAAUCCCGUCGUACUUAUAAGCCGCUCAGAUUCUCGAAAUGAGUUAGUUUUCUCUUCCACUAUGCCCUAUCAUUUUCCAACCCCCCCUCUCUCUCUCUCUCUCUCUCUCUCUCUUUCUGUCUGUCUUUCUCUCUCUUCUCUCUUCUCUUCACUUCUCUUAUCUCUUUCUCUCUGUCUUUCUCUUUAUACCUCUUUUGGAUUCGAUCUAUCGGCGCAACUCGGCUCUUCCUUCUCCUCGACUCGAUUUCCAGAUUAAUUAAGGAUCGCUGGUUUGAAAGGACGCCCUCGAGAACCUUUAAACGAGGUCGAGUGUCCGUUUGGGAAGGCGUAACGAGCGUCGAUCCGAGUCGGUUUCACGAGACACCGAACUCGAUAAUGACAUUUUCCAACGACGAAGGUAAGUCGAUCCUACCAUUUCCCGUCUGCAGAGAGAGGGAGAGAGAGAGAGAAAAAGAGAGAUAGCGAAAACGAAAGCGACACAAAACUACGUAUAACACUCUCUCUUUCUUUUUCUCUUUCUCUAUAUCUCUUUUUCUCUGUCUAUCUCUCUCUUUCUCUCUGUUUGUCUUUACCUUCACACUCUCUGUGUUGAUGCAAUUUUGCGCGAUUGAUAAUCUGUUGGAACCGAAGGCUGUAUCGAGUAGAUACGCGUUCAAAAAAUAUACAAAAAACGAACUUAUCAAAAAAUUCGUGUCAGUGGCGACAUGAGAUCUAUUUGAUUCUGCUAUUCGAAAGACUAACGGAUAUCCUGCUUUUUCGUAAAAUCCCAUAAAGCUGAAAAUAGUGAGAGGGGGAGAGAGAGAGAAAGAGUGAGAUAAAAGUAGUCCCUUCAGUUUCCUCUAUAGAUAGGCGUCAGUAAAUAAUCUUUUUCGUUAUCCGCGCGAAGAAUACUUAAACACGAACAGAGUUGUUUGCUUCUUUAGGAUCAGUCGUGAAAUUUCUCUGGCUCGUACGGUACUGUGAAAUUGUUGAAAGAAAAAAUUCGUGUCGUCUCUCAUCAUUGGAAAUAUGAAACACGCUUUGAAUUGGUAGAUGAAUGACUCGGUAGGAUAACGGAAUCGAUCCUGAUCGAUAUCAUUCCAGAAUAGGAACUUUGAAGUUUUGCGAAUGUACGAAAUCCCACAUACGUACAUACAUACAUACAUACAAAAAUACACA